UCGGAUGACGUGGCUGAAGGUUGCGGACGAUGCGCCGACAGAGUUUCUAUAUUCACCGUUUGAUCCAUCACUUUCCACAGUGACUGGAGGCUGUGAGCCACGUGACUCGAGUCAGCCAAUCCGAGGUGCGUACGAUGAGCGCUCGUGAAGCGCUUACGCCAUAUGCGUAAGAGAGCAUCCCUAAAAAUUGCCUCUGUCAUACAACCAGGAAGAAGGUGGGAUAGCCCUACAAAGCUAACAUCCCCAAUCUUUCUGCAUACUUUCUCCGAAAAUAAUGGGGUCUUCCAGGUGGAAGGUGGCAGCGGCGGCUUUUCUCGCUAUAGUGGGCUCUUUAUUACCUAUCGACGCAGAUGAACAUGAACACACGUACACAGAUAAGGAGGAGGUAGUUUUAUGGAUGAACACAGUGGGGCCUUACCACAACCGACAGGAGACAUACAAGUAUUUCUCCUUGCCCUUCUGCGCGGGUUCCAAGAAGACCAUCAGUCAUUACCAUGAAACACUCGGAGAGGCUCUGCAGGGAGUGGAGCUUGAAUUCAGCGGCCUAGACAUAAAGUUCAAAGAUGAAGUCAUGCAGACAACAUACUGUGAAAUUGACCUGGACAAAGCCAAGAGGGAUGCCUUUGUCUACGCAAUAAAGAAUCACUACUGGUACCAAAUGUACAUAGACGACCUCCCCAUCUGGGGUAUUGUUGGUGAGGCCGAUGAAAACGGAGAAGAUCAUUACUUGUGGACGUACAAGAAACUGGAGAUCGGCUUCAAUGGCAACAGAAUUGUUGAUGUAAAUCUGACCAGUGAAGGCAAAGUCAGGCUCGUGCCAAACACAAGAAUCGCAAUGUCAUAUUCUGUGAAGUGGAAGAAGUCAGAUGUGAAGUUUGAAGACAGAUUCGACAAGUACCUUGAUCCAUCCUUCUUUCAGCACAGGAUUCACUGGUUCUCCAUCUUCAACUCCUUCAUGAUGGUCAUUUUCUUGGUGGGUCUGGUGUCCAUGAUUCUGAUGAGAACACUAAGAAAGGAUUACGCCAGAUAUAGCAAAGAGGAGGAAAUGGACGACAUGGACAGAGACCUGGGAGAUGAAUACGGGUGGAAGCAGGUACAUGGCGAUGUGUUUAGGCCGUCAAGCCAUCCACUGAUCUUCUCCUCGCUCAUCGGCUCUGGCUGCCAGAUCUUCUCCGUCUCCUUCAUCGUCAUAAUCGUCGCUAUGGUUGAGGAUCUGUACACAGAGAGAGGAUCCAUGCUGAGCACAGCCAUUUUUGUGUAUGCUGCCACCUCCCCUGUCAAUGGCUACUUUGGGGGAAGCUUGUAUGCAAAACAAGGAGGCAGAAGAUGGAUUAAGCAAAUGUUCAUUGGAGCCUUUUUGAUCCCAGCCAUGGUGUGCGGGACUGCCUUCUUCAUCAACUUCAUUGCUAUCUACUACCACGCCUCCAGAGCCAUCCCAUUUGGCACCAUGGUCGCUGUCUGCUGUAUCUGCUUCUUUGUCAUUCUGCCGUUAAACCUCGUGGGAACAAUUUUGGGGAGGAAUCUGUCUGGCCAGCCAAACUUUCCCUGCCGAGUGAACGCUGUGCCGCGACCGAUCCCCGAGAAGAAAUGGUUCAUGGAGCCGGCUGUCAUCGUCUGCCUCGGAGGAAUCCUUCCAUUCGGGUCCAUUUUCAUUGAAAUGUACUUCAUCUUCACAUCUUUUUGGGCCUACAAAAUCUACUAUGUGUACGGCUUCAUGAUGCUGGUCCUGGUUAUCCUGUGCAUCGUGACCGUGUGUGUCACCAUCGUGUGUACGUACUUCCUGCUCAACGCUGAGGACUACAGAUGGCAAUGGACAAGCUUCCUCUCCGCCGCAUCCACUGCUGUUUAUGUUUACAUGUACUCCUUUUACUACUACUUCUUCAAAACUAAGAUGUACGGGCUGUUCCAGACAUCCUUCUACUUUGGCUACAUGGCUGUGUUCAGCACUGCCCUAGGAAUCAUGUGUGGUGCCGUUGGAUACAUGGGAACAAGUGCCUUUGUGAGGAAGAUUUACACAAAUGUGAAAAUUGACUAAGAAGCGAAGCAGCAACACAGGGAUAUUAAUGGAUUUGCCUACGUGUAUCCUGUAAGACGGCGGGCACAAGUCAUUCUUUAUUACUUUUCUUUCUUGCAAAGAGAUUGUGAGAAUCUCACUUUGUACAAUGUAGUUUUUCCAUUUUCUGAAUGAAUUUCAACGCCGCAACUCAAAGUGUACAAGAGCAAAUCUGCGGAAGAGAUAUCAAACACAAGGUUCUGUUUUUAUCAGUUGCUUUCAAACAAACGUUGGGGCAAGUGUUUAAGGCUGACAUGGCUUCUCUUUUCCAACCCAGUCCCACCUGAGACCAGAGAACAUAAAUGUUUAUUGAUGGAAUAGUGUAGCUCUCUUCAGUGAAGAGGCCUAAGUAUAUUGAAAGCAUUUGUUCUAUUGUGUCAGAAUAAUAGAGAGUUGGGUGUGUGCCCGUGUUCUGACUUGAUUUCUAUUUUGUAUUCUUGAAGUCACUCGAAAUAUCGUUAUUACACAGUACAGUAGUUUGUUCAGAUUUACUUCCACUGCAAAAAGAUGAUCUAAAAGGCUCACUCGAGAAUCAUUCCCCCAUUUUGACGAUUAAUUACCUGUUACAGUAGCAAUCCAUCCAGUUGAGAGAUUUUAGUCCUGCUGUAGUUUACUGUACAGACGAGAACAGAGGGACUGAUCAAUGGUUGAGGUACAGUAAGAACCGAUUUUUAAAUGGAUGUUUGAUGUGAUCCCAUUUCCUCGUUUAGUCGGGGUUUUCUUAAUGUUUGGGUUUGAAUGAAGUCUACUUGUAAAGAUAAUAUAUGGAUGGGGGGAAGUGUAUAUAACCUUAAUAAUGUACCUUUAGAUGUAGAUCCCAAAUGUAUUUUCGUUGUACAGAUUUACUACAGGAUGUUUUUUUUUUUUAAAUGAAUCAGUUAAAAACAACAACAAAAAAAGGUUUUGUUUUGGUUUUUUUUUUUGUCUGUUUGGUGCUUGGGAUGGGGUUGGUGGCGCUGUUACAUCUUGCCUGAAAUUGCAUGAAGUUUUCACCAAACCAUCUGCUCAUCAAAUUCCACUUCAGUCGGCGCUGUCAGUUUUUUUCUUUCCUCUGACUCAAAAUGUAAAAGGUACAGUUUGAUGCCCAGUAGGCCUGCUUAUGGACACUCUUCUUAUUUUGGUUUCAUAUUAUUUAAAGCUUUAAAAAGGCUCUACAUCUUCUGGUAAGCCAUUUCCCUCAUGUUCUUUCUGUCGCCUAACCUGAAACAUCAUUUGUGAAUGUCAGAAGGAAUGAGGUGAUUGCUUUGUUUCCGCAAACAUACUGUACAAAGUGAAGUUUAUGUACACUUAAAACUAGAUGUUUUCAUAACCACACACACAUUUCCCAUUUUGUGUAAAUACAGUAUGUACCCUACUUGUAUGAGAAGUGGCAAUGCCUUUUUUUCCCCCCCUUUUCUAAUUUCCAGUUCUCCCCACUGAAGUUGAUUUUGGCACCUCAUGUUGUGUACCAAUGUCUGAUUAGACAUUCUGAACCUGCAUAUUAACUUGCUGUAAAAAGAGAAAAUAAACAUGUUUAUGUACAGGG